AGAACGAUUCAAGUCUGAUUUAGCCACUUUAUUUUUCCUGUCGCCGCAUUUGAUUCAGUGUAGUGUCACUAUUCAACGCAUCCUCGCGCUACAGUAAUAAAAUUGAUUAGAAAAUCGUACGAGUACAUCCAUAUCUUCCCGGUACUUAUCUCUAAAUUACUAAAUACAGCUAUUAACCGCCUAAAAUGUAUCGUAAUGUUUGUGUGAUUCAAAAUAGUAAACAAUAAAAUAUGACUUCAAAUAUAUCAGUUCUGUGAUAUUUUUAUACUGUCUGGAGUGAACAAAACUAGUCUUAUUUAUUUUAUAUUACCAUGUCAACAAAUAGUGAACAAAGUGAUCAAAGUACUAAAUCAAAUAGUGUUAAAUCUUCAAAUUCAGGUGUACAGAAUGGCAGCUUCAGAAAGAAAAAAGUGUUGCCGGUUAAACAGUUUCAAGUGAAGGAAUCAUUAUUAACUAUUCUUUUUGAUAAUCCUCAUAUAAAAGUGGUGAAACAUAUAUUCAUUGCGUCGUUGAUAGGAUUGUUUGUAAAUACCUGUGUCCAUGAUUAUGUUAAAAAAGGAGAAGUUAAAGUGGGCUUAGGAGUUAUAUCACAAGGUUUUGGAAAAUUUGGUAUGGUGAUUGCCAUAUGGAUAGUAUUAAACAUUUUCUCCAUACUGUGUUAUUUCUGUUUUCACCUUUGGGCUGAUAUACGGAUAAGAAUAUUUCCAAAAUCCAGGAAUUUAAAAAUAUGGGACAAUAUCUGGUUCUCUGCUGUACCUAUCUACUACCUACUCCAUUUUCGAGCAGUAUCGUUUAUAGUGAGACAUUUAAAUAUGCCUAUAGCAUCGUCAGCCAUAAUAUGUCUGGAACAGACGAGACUGCUAAUGAAGACUCACGCCUUUAUAAGAAGUAAUGCUGAAAAAGUUAUAAACUUUAAGCCACAAAGCGAAAACAGUUUCAAGCUUGCAAGUUUAUCGCAUUAUAUUUAUUUUCUAUUUGCCCCUACAGCAGUUUACAAAGAUGCAUAUCCAAAGAGCAAAACAAUCCGUUGGGACUUCAUAUUCUCUUGGACCUUAGAAGUCGUGGGAGUAAUAUUCUACUACGCCUUUCUACUAGAACGAUUCGUAAUCCCAUCGCAUAAAGACAUCGGCCUAAGACACUACUCAACCAGCGAACUCUUCUUGAUCAUGUGCGACCACGGUACCAUUGGACUACUGUUCAUGUUGGUGGCCUUCUACGUCGUUCUACAUGUCGUACAGAACCUAGUUGGAGAACUACUUAUGUUUGGUGACAGAGAAUUCUACAAAGAUUGGUGGACAUCUACGAAUUAUUCCGUCUAUUUCCGAACAUGGAACAUAGUGGUGUCCGAUUGGUUAUACACGUACAUUUAUAAAGACUGUUACGAAAUAUUAAUGCCCGGAAACAAAACCUUCGCCAAAGUUUUAGUGUUUUUUAUUUCGGCUGUCGUGCACGAAUGGGUUUUGACCUACAUGUUCGGGUUCUUCUUCCCAGCUUUGUUUCUAGUGUUCUUAUUUACCGGUAGUUGUUUAACAUUCCUACGGACUCCCAACCACAGUUUCGUUAAUAUAAUGUUUUGGUAUAUCAUGGCCUUGGGGUCUGGAUGGUUAGUGAGUUUGUACUCGAUGGAGUUCUACGUUAGACAAAACGUACCGACUGCUGAAAAUUCAACUUUGAAAGAUUUUAUCGUGCCUCGAUUGUUCACUUGUAACUGUAUUAUUUAAAAGUGAUUUUAUUAUAAUAAGUUUAUUAUCUGUAUGUUUAAAUUAAUAUAUUGUUUUUUUUUUCAUUAA